UAUUCAUCCAAAACAUUCGCGACCUUAGAGUCAAGUACACAAACCGUAAAUAAACAGUCACUUUAUCGUGAUAGCCUAACCUUCGAACGUCUACUAUUCCACCCUCUAUUACAAUGAAUCAACCCACAUUCCCACUAAACAAUCCUCAUUGUCGCCACUGCGAGUCCAAUGCAGGAACAGUCCGAUACAUAGUUCGACCUACCAAUCAAAACGGUAAUGGCGGCAGGCCAUAUUACGCCUGUUCUAAUUGCGACCAAUCUAACCCCGAAGGCGGUUGGAUAACCUGGGACGAUAAUCACGGAAUUAAUGCUACAAAUCCGUUUUGUGACUGCGGAGUUGUGAGCCGACUAGAUCAGGCUGGCGCAAAUAGCACGAGGCUUGGAGCUGGAAAUGUCUUUUACACUUGUGCGACAGGGGCUUGCAAUUUCUACCAGUAGGUUUGAAGAUGAACUGGCAGCCGUGUUGUUUUUUAUCCGUGGCUGUUUAGGAGAAGAUAUGUUUGAAUCUAGUAGGAUUCCGGUGGGUUAGUUGGUCGAAGUUGGUCAAGCUGCAAUGCUGAGACUUUGAAUGAGGAAUUUGGAGGGAUGAUGAAGGGUUUGUUGCGAUCUACUCUGGUUUUCCUCAGUUUCUGGGAGGAAUUCAGGCUUUGCUGGCUAUGAUCAAAAUUUAGUUAAACCUGUCUCUGCUCUUUGCGAUGUGUGACCGAUCACGUGGUAGAUGUUCGGAAAAGGAUCCGUGCUCGAAGGGGCGGGGAAGUAGGCCUUGCAUAUGGGUUUUCCGGAAUGGGGACUGGGUGUCUGCAAAUUUGAGUAAGAUGAAAUUAGAACGAUUCUUCCAAUUCCAAUGUCUCUUG